AUGUCCGCUCCCAAGACACCCCCCGCCAUCAUCUGGCUCAAAGUCUUCGUCCGAGCCAACCUCCACCGCGUCUCCCGCAAGCUCCGCGGCGACGAGCCCGAGGCCGCCCAUGGCGCCGAUGACGAGCUGCCCCUCGGUCCCCCUCCUCCCGCCUACGAGCGGAAGCCCAAGUCCCCUCCCACCGAGGGCGAGAUUGCGACGCUCCAGCAGGAGCUGCGCUUGUACGAGGCCCGGCUGGAGGCGCUGCCGGAAGACAGCCCCGAGGGGAGGAUGCUCCUCAAGGACGCGGAGAUGCUGGACCGGUGGAUCGGUCAUCUGGAGUAUCUCCACGCGGAGCGGGUGGGCAGGACGGUGCCGGCGAGGUUCCGGAGGGAGCCGUACAGGGAUCGGCUCAAGAGGCGGAUCAAGAACCGCGGCAUGACCCCUUACUAA